CCCUCUCCUCCUGCCUUGUGCCUGUGAGCUCCCACUCCUGCCUGCCCAGCCUGUGCCUCUCUCUCUGAGUCUCUCUCUCACUCUACAGCCACAAUGCAAACAUCCAGGAGCUCUUCGUACUCUGUGCGCUCCUCUACCGGCAGCAGGCCCUCUUCUAUAUCGAUGACCCGUCCCUCUGGUAAUUUCUACAAGGCCUCCUCCAUCCAUGGAGGGGCUGGCGCUUCCAAGAUCAGCAUCUCCUCAAGCACCCGUCUUGCCGGGAUGGGGAUGGGGAUGGGGAUGGGAUCUGGAGCAGGAGCAGGAGGAUUCUCCAGCAGCGUCCAGGUGAGCGGGUCAGGCGCCGACAUCAUGGGCAACGAGAAGUUCGCCAUGCAAAACCUGAAUGACCGGCUGGCAAACUACCUGGAGACAGUGAGGAACCUGGAGCAGGCCAACCACAAGCUGGAGAUUAAGAUCAAGGAGGCCCUGGAGAAGAGUGGACCAGACUUCAGAGACUACAGCAAGUACCAGGUUAUCCUGGACGACCUGAGGAAGAAGGUGUUUGAUGCCACCACUGACAAUGCCCGCCUGGUUCUCCAAAUUGACAACGCUCGCCUGGCUGCUGAUGACUUCAGAGUGAAAUUUGAGUCUGAGCUGGCCAUCCGCCAGUCUGUGGAGGCAGACAUCGUCGGUCUGAGGAAGCUCAUUGACGACACCAACAUGAGCCGCAUGAACCUGGAGAGUGAGAUCGAAACCCUGAAGGAGGAGCUCAUCCACCUCAAGAAGAACCAUGAAAAUGAAGUAAUGGAGCUCCGUAACCAGAUCGCCCAAUCAGGAGUCCAUGUGGAUGUCGAUGCACCUAAAGGGCAAGACCUGGCCCAGCUCAUGGCGGAGAUCAGAGCCAAGUAUGAGAAGAUGGCAAAGAAGAACCAGGAGGAGCUCAAAACAUGGCACGAAUCCCAGAUAACAGAAGUGCAAACCCAGGUCACCCAGAACACAGAGGCCUUAAAGGGAGCCCAAACAGAGGUCAACGACCUGCGCCGACAGUUACAAACCCUGGAGAUCGAGCUGGAGUCACAGAGGAGCCUGAAAGGGUCUCUGGAGGGUACACUGAGGGACACAGAAAUGCGCUACAACAUGGAGAUCGAGUCUCUCAACAGCGUCCUCCUGGGCCUGGAGGCGGAGCUCACACAGCUGCGUAACAACAUCCAGAUGCAGACGCAGGAGUACGAGGCCCUCCUCAACAUAAAGAUGAAGCUGGAGGCCGAGAUCGCCACAUACAGACGGCUGUUGGACGGGGAGGACUUCACGCUCCAGGAUGCCCUGGAGAAAACAGUGAAGACCAAAGUGAUGACCGUCACACAGACUCUGGUGGACGGGAAGGUGGUGUCCUCCAGCACAGAAACCAAGAACCUUUGAAAACCAGAAGCAACCACCUGAUACCCCCAACAAUAACUAUCACUGCAUCAUAAAACUAACUACGAUUGGCAUUAAUAGAUCUUUUUUCUACUUUCUUCUUAGUCAUGCAGCACUAACAGUAAGAGUCUCAGUCCAUGCUGUAUCUAGUUUGACCUCCUGGAUUCACAGCGCCUCCACAGGCUGAUGAGAAAACUGGAUCAGAGGAAAACUAAGUCAUCUUUUAUUUAUUUCAUCAUGAGUUAUUUAUGUUUGUGUGUCCAACAACAGAUGUUUACGAAAGUUCGAAAUUGGAAAAAGUGUGAGCUUUUUUUUCAGAGACAAACUAAUUAAAGACGUUAAAAAUUUCACCAUGAAAAAAAGAAAAAGAGUCCAAACCGAGGCACAACAUAUUUUUUUAUUCAUCAUCUUUGGUUUUCUUUCUAUCCAGUGAAGUCUGCCUGAUGGGCUGUGAUGUUCAGACAUUUCAAUAAAGUCCAUUCAAGAAACAA